CCUUCUGCCUAUUGAGUGAGGGGACCUUGGUCCACACAAGUAGCCAGAUCUGAGGCUAUGGCGACCCAGCAAGUUGGUAGCAGGAGGCAGGUGGCAGCAGAGCGAGUGGCAGCCCAGCUGCUUGAACGGAGAAGGGGCAGCCACUGUGAGGACAAGAAGCAGACUCUGUUGACAUUGCUGAUCUUGGUGCUGUACUUGAGCACAGGGAUAUCGGGAAGCAGCUGGGAGGUGUCAGAAAGGAUCCGAGAAUGUAACUACUACCAGAGUCUUGGCGAUUCCCAGGGGCUUGAAUAUCAGACCAAUGAGCCCUCGGAAGAACCAAUAAAGGCCAUCAGGAACUGGUUGAAGGAGAACUUGCAUGUCUUCUUGGAGAAGCUAGAGAAAGAGGUGCAAGAGCUGGAGCAGCUCGUGCGGGACCUGGAACUGUGGCUGGAUGUUCUUCUGGGAGAGUCGUACCUGGAGGAGCACUGCUCCACACUUAAAAGUCACAUGUGACGGGCGGUCUGGGGCCUGGGGAGAGCACGAAGGGGGAAGGGGUUGCCAGGGGUUUCUCUAAGCAGGGCAGAGCUCUGACUCUUGAAGUUCCAAGCAGGCAAGAAAAUAAAGUAGUUGGGA